CUACUCUGUCGUUGUCCUUAACAUUAUCCGUUGCUCUCGCGGUCCAUGAAAUCUCUCUCUUUAGAUCGAGAUAAGGAGAAGCAGAUCAGGCGAAGCGAACGUAAGAGCGCAAUGCAGAGGGCGGAUCGGAGCGACUCGCAUCUGCCACCGGAGGAGGAAGCGAGGAGGGAGGAGGACGCGCGUGAGUAUUUCGACGGUAUAGCUCCAAAGCGUCACACGAAGCCCUCCCGGAGUGAGUAUUCCACCGUCUACUCUGAUGAUCUACUCUCUUCCGGCCGAGACUCCAUCCCCGAACUCGACAAGCUUCGAAAUCUCGAAGCCAAUCAAGAGAAGCUAGUUUGUGAUGGGAGUGAAGUGGAGGAAGAAUAUGUGGAGACAGAGUACUAUAAGGAUCUGAAUUGCGUAGACAAGCAGCAUCAUACGACUGGAACAGGCUUCAUCAAGAUGGAUAAAUCAAACAGAAGUUCUUUUAACCUGACUCCAGAUUCGACUACAUCUCUCGACCAUGUUUCUGGUCAUGGGAAUCCAGCAACAAAUGAAUGGAUUCCAUCUGCUGAUGUGGUGCUUCCAGUUUCUCACAAGCCUAAGAGGAGUGACCUGUGAUGUUCUUGCCAACAAUGAAUUAGCAGUUUGACUCUACUUUCUGUUGCUUACAGAAUAGUAUAAGCUUGCAAGUUAUUUUCUUGUAAGUGCGUUUGCUGUUUGUAGCUGUAAUGUUUUACCGCUGUGUUUGGUGUAACUGCGGACCUGAAUAAAUACUUGUGGAGAGGUUUAGUGUUGAUAGAAGCAGAGCAUUUCAUGAAUGUUUUCUGUGCUUCAGAUGUUUGCAAUUUCUUCUUGUUUCCAUGAUCUCA